UUAACCCGCGUGUGAUGAUGAGGAUCUCCAGACCUGAACCUCACUGCAACAAUGACUCCAAGCAAGACUAUGUCCCUGUUACCUGUUCUCCUCUUAGCAAUGUGUAUUGCGUGUGCAGCACAAGCUUUUGAUUGUUGUAUUAAAUACAGCGAACAAAAGAUCCCCCGGAGACUUAUCAGAAGCUAUUACAUCCAGAAAUCAUCGGAAGUUUGCAAUACUGAUGCCAUUGUGUUUAAAGUUGCUUAUAAAACAAGUCCCAGCGGGUUUAUCGAUAUCUGCGCAAAUCCCAAGCAAAAGUGGGUUAAAGAUUCCGUGAAAGCCUUGAAAAAUCCACUUCUAAAGAGAAAUCAGAGGAAAAAAUUCAAGCAGGCUAAAAAUAAAGAAAGGCAAAAUCUCAAUAAUUAGAUGAACCAAAUGACUACGCAAUUUAUUUCCUGGAAGAAUAUUAUUUAAAAUGUAUAUCCUAACUGGAGAUCUCGGAUUCCUGCCUACAUCCACCACCAUCGAUAGUAUCACAGAACACAUGACGACGUCAGGAGUCAUCUUCCACGAACGGUCACUGAUUAUUCACCAUCAAUUGUCAUAUCGCCAGUGCUCUGAUAAAUGAUUAAAAAACAACCAAAAACUAGCAACAAUUUACUUUCAGCUGUGAGUAGUUUAGAGUGCUGUGAGUUAUGGGCAAGCAAUAUUCAGCAGUGAUUGUUAUCCUCCGCCGCAUAUGGUGGAAUCCGGUAUCAUCAACAGUAUGGAAUAAAUGCUCACCUAAUGUCAGAUGUAUGAAAAAGAACAUUACUCAACAAGAUCAUUUCGGACCCUCCAGCCUCGCAGGCCAAAAACAAAAUCGAAUAGCCUCUACUCUGCUUGUGGUAUUAUGUAUUAUGUCAUUUAUGUGAUUGAGUGCCCAUUUCUCUUACAUUCUUGUUUUAUCAUAUUAACUGUUUACUGAACAGUAGACUUAUUCUGUUCCUUUGAGAAU